AUACACGAUGGAAGCCAUUUGUCAACGUGUUUGCCUACACGUGUUUGGAAAUUGCCGUUGGGGGAACGAAAACCAAUUUUUGGACGUCAACUACACUCGCAGAUUUUUUCGGAAAUGCUGUCUCUGUGAAGCCAAACGAUCGUACUCGAAGAUGGCGCGAUGUAUAAGAUGCGAAGCGUACGUCCACAAGGAAUGCUUUUUAGUGGAUCUUUGCAAAGAAGAUGACGCUAAAAGAACCAAGGUCGGCAGUCCCCGUAGAGCGGACGCAAAAGAAUUUAUGGACACCAGUAACGUAGAGGUCGACGACAGAGAAGAAGAGACACACGAUUGUAUUAUAAAAGGCCGCAAAAGAUCCGGUUCGCAAAACGCCAAAGAUUUGUUCAAAAUCUUGAAGACGCGCGUUCGAGGUAGCCGUGCGACCGACAUGGAAAACGCGGUCGACGACGGGGCGACGACGAGUGCCAGAGCAACGUCGAGCGACCGUUUAUCGGUUCCGAGUGCGUCGGUAUCGCCCUGGAGAUCGUCGUCGAAGCCAUCGCUCGUCCCCAGUGGUGUCGAGAAUAAUUUAGUUAAGAAUAAUCCAACGCCACCGGCGGUGGUGCCGAACGGACCGGAAGUGAUGCGCGUGGACGGAAAACCGAGAACAAAUCGCAGGCAACAGCUGUACGACGUGAUCGCGACUAUCGCGGCCGACCGAAGGGGCCGGUCGAGCGUCGUCACCGUCGCGGAGGGACCGGUCGGUCGUCCUGUGACGGCGAGCGAAACACGACGACGGGACGCUUGCGACAGCCCUGAGGCGAACGGUGUGCAGCCACUGCCAUCGCUAGACGCAUCAGCACGGCCAUUGCUGUUGCUACACGCGUCCCCGCGGCCACUACCGUUGUUACACGCGUCCGCACGCUUAGACGUGGAAAACGCGAUCAACGAAGGGGCAACGACGAGUGCAGGAGUAACGUCGAGCAGCCGUUUACCGAUUUCGAGUGCACCGGUAUCGCCCUGGAGAUCGUCGUCAAAGCCAUCGCUCGUCCCCAGUGGCGUCGAGAAUAACCAAGUUAAGAGCAAUCCAACGCCAUCGGUGGUGGUGCCUGACGGACCGGAAGUGAGGCACGUGGACGGAAAACCGAUAGCCGACCGCAGGCAACAGCUUUACGACGAGAUCGCGGCUAUCGCGGCCGACCGAAGGGUCCGGUCGAGCGUCGUCACCGUCGGGGAGGAAUCGGUCGGUCAUCCGGUGACAGCGAACGAAACACAACGACGGGACUCGAGCGAAACACAACGACGGGAUGCGAGCGCAGGGCUGUCAAGCGACAGCUCCAAGACGAACGGUGCGCGGCCACUGCCGUUGCCACACGCGUCCACGCGACCAUUGCCGUUGUUACACGCGUCCGCAUGCUUAGACGUGGUAGAAGACGACGGACGACGCGAAGUACCGUUCGACGUCGGUUCGCCUGUUCGCGUGCCCGUAAAAACGCCAUUUCGUCGCGAGCUCGUCGAUCCGGCGCGGCCGCCUCGGGCGGAUGAUCUUGCGGCCAACGCGGUGCGCAAGGCGCUGAGAAUAGAAGAACAACAACGGUUGAAAGGGUUGUUCGAGUGGAUGGCAGAAAUCGACUCGACGAAACGGAACGUGGUCGUCGACAAGCGAUCGUCGAUUGACCCUCCGGCGAGCAAUGGACGACUUGAGGCCAGUGACGGAAAGUCCGGUCGAGUCGAGAAUGACGGCGUCAAGUCCGAAUCGUCUGCUCGCGAACCCGGUGAAACACCGUCGUCUUGGAUCGAGACGAUCUACAACUCCGCGGUCGCGAACCGGACGGUCGAGGAUGAAACGAUCGUCGUGGGCGGAACAACAAACGCCGAGGAGAAACGAUCGGGUGAGUUGUUCGCGAGGACCAUCGAAGUGCGACCGGUCGAAUCGAAGCCGUCGGAAUGCGUCGUCGACGUGGAAGCGAUCGGAGAGGACAUCACGACGUCCGAUGCGCGCCUCGAUGACAUACCAUCGGUUUUCGAGUCAAACGAUCCCGCCGGAACGUCUUCUUGUGCCUCAGAUUCCGAGUCCAUAUACAGCUAUCACACCGCCCUCACAGGUCCAGCGUUAUCCACGACGGGCGAGAGUGACUCCAAUGAACUGUUGAGCACCGAAGAGACGCAACGGUUGAGCAGUCCGGUGGAGCGGAUCAUGGCGGCAAAACGCCCGAAACCCGCCUCCAACGAAACUGGACCGUUAUGCGUUAUCAUCAAAGAGGGAUGGAUCGAUCGUCCCUUUGACGUUCGGAAACUAAAUCCACGAUUAACACUAUCCAGACGUCGUUUGUAGUAUGGGCCCGUUUCGCCCUUACUGCAAACGUCUUGAUCUCUAACACCCUCAUAUCGAAACGAAUGUUUGAGCAUGAUUUAAUCGCAGACCAGUUCCCUACAAAUUUCUAUUGUAAACCUUUUACAUUUGUCGUCGGUCACG